UAGUCGGUCUCUGACAAGGGGCAGACAACAAAGUAGCGAGUGUUCAAUAUAAAAGCAACUUAAUGGCCGCGCAGUAAGGGCCAUGUGUGUUAAAUGUAAACAUUGAACUAUAAAGUUUCUUUCGAUUGUGGAAAAAGAUUUCUUGGUGGUGCUGAUAGGUGAAAGUGGUUGACACCCUGUAUGAGUACGAUGGGGAUCCUGAAAAGAACCCUUUAUUGUAAUAUGAAUAGAUUCUCCUCAUCGAACCCAUCGAAUAGUUUCUUGUGUACUGCAUUAAGAAGAACAAACAUGGAGGAUAUAUUGAUGGUUUCCCUUCGAUGCAGCUCAGCAGCAUCGCUCUGGGUGGAGUAUUUCACUUCCUACUUCCAGCAAAUUGGAAAACAGACGAAUCGUAAAUCGUUCAAAAUCCAACAUCUGGCUGUCGAGGACUUCAUAGAGGCUAAAGUGGAUGCAAAUCUCCUAUUAGAAAAAAGCUCAUGCGUGAAACUGCAGUUGGUAGUCCUCUGUCCUGGAUUGUUGGACUAUAUAUCUGAACACCCUGAAAACACCGCGUUUGGGAAACUUUUUCUUCCCGAUAGGACCCUGGCUCUCCUUUUGGGAGUUUCCGACGAUGAUAUCACAGAAGUACACAGAAAAGCCCUUCCCACUUACUUCAAAUGGCAAAGGAUGACAGUUGGACAAGACCAAGACGAAAAUUUCACCAAAGAAUUCAUCGGCCACGCCAUGUCAAUUCUGGCGAGAGUCUGGAAGCAACAAAGCUCAGUGGCUGCUCAGGAAAAGUCUUGUUUUUCAGUAUCCCCAAAGAAAAUCCGACAGGGACAAAACAGUGUGUUCAUCCUUCUGGCUUACCCUCUCCAAAAAGAGGACUCGAUCAAGAUUUCAGUCGAGAAAAACAACGAAAUGAUCGAGGUGAAAAACGUGAAGAGGAGGAAUCCCUACACGAUCAAAAUAUCUGUACCUGAUAGUUUUACGGAAGUGACGGCGAUCAUAAAUAUAAUUGUGGAGAAAAACGGUAGCAUCAUUGGGAGCAGACCGAUCAAGUGCGAGAGCAGGCUGAGGGAACUGGAGCAGAUCCUCAGGCUGUCGAAUCAUCCAGUAGAAUUCAUGUGCCAGACUCUUGGUUUCACACCAGCUGAUAGGGAAAAUCUGGACAAUUGGCUUGUCCACAACUUCCAAAAGAACCUUCCUCCACAUUUUAGUCUGCUGGCGAGUCAUUCAACCCCAUUUGCUGCAGCUGUACAAGCUCACAAACACAGUUAUGAAGAAUACCCCACCCUACUCCACUUCUCGGCCAAGUUUGGCCUGGAAAAGUUGGCGCUUCAACUCCUGGAUUGUCCUGGAGCGGACGUAGCGUGCGAAAUCAAGAACAUCUACGACUUUACCCCUGCGGAAAUCGCUGAGCAAAACAACCACUGCGAGUUAGCCGCCUCUCUGAGAAACUAUGUGAAUAUGAACGAGUUCUCCAAUAUGUACGCGAAGCUGAAGGCCAUUUCUGCUCACCAUCAUGACGACCAUCACAACGCAGAAGUAGAGUACCUUGUGCCAAAAAACCAUGAGGAUUUCUACAAGCUUUGUCCAGCACCAAGACCAGUGAAUUCAAAACUGUCAUCUCCACCUAAUUCACCAAGCACCAGUAGUACAAGCGAUCUUAUGAGCUCAAGUGGAUACACUCCGAUGCAUACACCGACUAUAAGAGUGCACGAUCACCAGACUGGUGAAGAAGUCAAGUCGUCAACCCACGUAAACACCCUGCCAAAAACCAAUUCUUCGAAAUCGAAAAAACACCAAAACGACAAAGACUGUCCUGUCAUCACCAAGCAGGCAUCGUUGCCGAACAAUUUCGAAGUGCACGAGGAUAAAGUACAAAAGGAACUAUUAGAGAUCAUAAACGAUUUCAAGAACAACGUACACUCUAUAUCGCAGGUUGAGAAGCUGGUUGAAGAAUGGAAGAACAGAAACGACGUGCAAAAGUCCUUCAAGGAGAAGCAGGAGCAACUGAAGGAAAUGAGGUUAAGGUAUGAGAAAAUCCAGCAUGAAAUGAAGGUUGCUCUGAAGAAACCCAGCCCUUUCGAUAGGAUCAAGAAGAUCUUCUCCAGAAACAAAUCUCGUGAAGAUAGCGAGCAGCACGUCGUAUCCAAACCAACGAUCACGUCUUCUACCAGCAAUUUGAACAUAUCCAACGGACAAUCGCAAAGGCCGGUUAGCAGUCUGAGCACUUCAAGCUCGUCCUCCUCCGGCAGAAUGAGCACCAUCAGCGGUUGCAGUCUGGGAGACAGCGGUACUCAUUCGGACAACGAGGAGAGAAAGAAUAUAAUGAGAGUGCACAGUGACGAUGACUUCAGAAACGAAUUGAACAGAGCUGUUAUGAAUUUACACUACACUCCCCUACCCGCGCCGAAGCCUAUCAAAUGUGUCAAUACACAUAAAUCGAAAUUAACCACAACCAUCGAGGAGACGAUGUCCAGUCAACCAAAGAGCGAGGGAACGACGAAUGAUCAAUAUUACAUUCAGUUUCCGCCUUCCGGUUUACCAGUGGCAGAGGUCCUCAACCACGCGAUCAACAAAAUAAAGGAGGAGAAAGGUCCAAUAACCGCCAGAAACGACUACAUGAACAUUUCUGCAAAUCCAUGUUGUAGCAAUGAUUCCUCAUCGUCUCACGAAUACAUGAACUUCAGGACGCCGACCAGUAUAAAAUAAAUUCAAAACGAAAAUACGUUUAAGUAUUUUUUGUAUCUAUGUGACUGUGAAAAUUGUUUAGUACAUAGUUUAUUUAUAACUUUUUUGAUAUAAUUUAUGUUAUUUUAUAUAUUUGUAUUUGAAUAUUUGUAUAUUGUUACUAUAGUAUUAAAAAUACCAUCUUCGUA